CCAACGCUGGCACCGCCCAGUGUCGCGUUCUGUCGGUCUGCGAUGGCGAGCGUGAGCUCGCGAGCGGGUGUGCUCGGGCUGCUGCUUGUGUCUGCGCUGCCCGGGGUCCUCGGAGACCGCCCCAGCACCGACCUCCGGGCACACCCAGGGGACCCCGCCCACGACGGCCUUGGGGCUACGGAAUCCCGGCGGCGGCCGCCGCCCAAGGACCAGCGCGAGCGGGCCCGGGCCGGGGCGCUACCUUUGGGGGCGCUGUACACUGCGGCCGUCGUGGCUUUUGUGCUGUACAGGUGUUUGCAGCAGAAAGAUGAGGUUGCUGUUCUCCAGGAGGCGGGCAAGAAGGAAUCGCUGCAGUCAGAGCAACAGCUGGCCCAGCUGACACAACAGCUGGCCCAGACAGAGCAACACCUGAACAACCUGAUGGCCCAGCUGGACCCCCUUUUUGAGCGAGUGACAACCCUGGCUGGGGCCCAGCAGGAGCUUCUGAACAUGAAGCUACAGACCAUCCAGCAGUUGCUACAAGACAGCAAGCCACACAAGGGUGUGGAGGUUCCAGAACCAGAGGCCAGCAUCCCCUUUCCUGAGGACUCAUGUAUAGAGGAGGAUGAGGCGGCAGCUGGUGACAGUCAGGAUUGGGAGGAGCCCCUAAACUGGAGCACAGAGAUAAGAAACCGAGCUGCUCCCUGGGAAGUGGAGCAGGGCCUAAGGAGAAGAUGCAGCAAGGCUGCGGCGAAGGGCCCCAGUCACGGCCCCCACUGGGAAAGGAGCGCAACAGCUGAAGGUUCAGUAAAACAAAGUCUGUUCUUGUGACUGGAUGCUCCUGUG